CGAUCAAAACACAGGGCAAAGUUAGUCAGCAAGUUGCAUAGCUUCUGCAUUCUGAUUCUUCAAGCCUCUUUUGUAUGAAGUUUAGCACAAUGUUUUACACUGUGUUUGACCUGAAUGGCAUGCUGAAGAAAACAAUGAAAGGAGCGGACAAAGCGAUUGUGGCAAAGUCCUUUGGAAAAUGGAAAAGCAGCUCUCUAAGGUCCAGGACCAUGGAGAAGCCGGAUGAGCCGUCCGAGGAGAGUAAGGAGAAGAGCCUUUCCAACUGCACCUGUGAAGCCCCCCAACUCGGCAAGAAACCAGUUGAUAAUGAAUUACAUGAUCAUUUCCUGAAAGAUAACAAGCGUGAAAUCGUCAACCAGGGUGAACAGUGUGGAUCUGGCAUCUUAUUCUACAGAGCGCUUGGGAAACUACAAUCAAAGAUGGAUUCUGAAGGUGAGGAGCAAACCUUGAAAACAUGUGACAGUAACACAGGGCUGGCUGACUCCAUCACCGAGACUCACAGCCCAUAUGGGUCCAUGGCGAGGAAGAGGAGUGCUCAGGAAGGGGUGCAGGGUGCCCCCAUCAACAAGAGAAAGUCCCUGCUGAUGAAGCCCCGCCACUACAGCCCCAGCGAGGCAUGUGAAGAGGAGAGUGAGGACCUGGCACCGCCACAGGACAAAGAAGAGCUGAGGAACAUUGACACUCCAGCAGAUGGAAACUUAAACACAGUCAAUGGAGUGACUAACAAAAAUGGCUGCCAUGAUGUGGCAGCAAAGUCCAGCAGUUCACUUGGAUGGUCUGAAGUUACGUCUGUCGGCUCGCCACAGUGUGAGCCGGACACAUCUGAACCUCUGAUGGAUGAAGAUGACGAGGAGUUUCUUAAUAAUGAAGAAGACCAAAGUCACGACAGGAUGAGCAGUACAAGCUCGCCGCAGAGUCAAUAUGGAGACAUGAGGGAAGCCGAGUGGGAGCCUCUGGCUCUGUCUGCCAAGGUGAACAGCUUAGACUGCAGUCCUUCCAGACUCUCUGAAGAUGUUACAGGCAGGAACGACCACGUGAAAGAAGAGCCUCACUUAGAAUUAGGUGGUCCACUGGGCAGAGCGAACAUUUUUCAGGCUGAAGCUUUAAGAUACAGGCUGCUCCCCACGGAGGAGGACAGCGAAGGGGAAGCAGAGGCGGAUAGGCCGCCUCGGCUAGACGCCUGGGCUCUGGGCCUCCACGAGAGAGGCCUUGAAAUGAGCCGAGGGAGGGUAAACCUGAGCCUGCUGGAGCAGGCCAUAGCUCUGCAGACAGAGCAAAGGCAGGUCCUGCACCAUGCCUACAGAGAGAUGGACCGGUUCCUCAUGGAGCAGAUGACCAGCGAGAGGAGGCACCACAGAAUGAUGGAGAUGGACGGCAGACUCACCUAUCAUGGAGGAAAAGAUUCUCCACGGGCAGAUAAAAAGGAUAUAAAGUGUCCAACUCCUGGCUGUGAUGGCACUGGUCACGCCACCGGCCUGUACCCUCAUCACAGGAGUCUGUCUGGGUGUCCUCAUAAAGUCCGAGUCCCCCCAGAGAUCCUGGCGAUGCACGAGAACGUCCUCAAAUGUCCUACGCCUGGGUGCACAGGAAGAGGCCAUGUCAACAGCAACCGUAGCACCCACCGGAGUCUCUCAGGCUGCCCCAUCGCUGCUGCAGUGAAAGUCUCCAAACCUCAGGAUGAGAGCCUGAAAUGCAGACAAACACCUGACCGCUCACCGAGAGCCCUCGGCCUAAUAAAGAAAUUCGAGAUGAACCAGCUGAACUAUAGGCUCUCUCACCCGGUAGCAGCCUUACAAACUAGCCUCACAAAAGACAUGGACAAGUACAGCAGAAUUCGCUUUGAUUACGCCAGCUUUGAUGCACAAGUCUUCGGCAAGCAGCCUCUGAUGGGGACCAACCAGGACCCGGAAAUGAUGCAUUACCCUGAUUCCCCUCAGCAGUAUCCUGGCUUCCUCGGUGCUCCAGGUGGCCGCCUGCCCACCUCUGGUCAACACAGCCCGCCGAGUCAAUUCAAAAAAGAAGACGGUCUCCAAGCCGCAGCAGCGACAGCCGCCAUCCUUAACCUCUCCACCCGCUACCGGAAGAACACGGAGGCUGUCGCCGACCGGCCCUUGGCAACCUCCACAAAGGACAUGCUCAUAGAGGUGGAUGAAAACGGCACCCUGGACCUGAGCAUGAAGAAGUGCAAGGAAAACGUAAAAGCCCAGAGCAGGACGCCUCCCGACGACCCGCUGUCUCCCCCUGAGUCCGCUGUGGCCAAAGGUGGGAGUGUGCUCAUCAGCCCCGCCUUCUACCAGCCGCUGUGUGAGAGAGACAGCUGGGAGAGCCCCAUCCCUGUCAACUUCAGCAAAGCUCGUGUUUUACAGGACAAAGAGCAGGAGGAUUAUGAUCAGGUCUCCUUGGAGGACCAACACUACCAGGGAGAUAGCAGCAUGUUAAGCUCCAAGGCCAAGCUGCCAUUACGGGAUUCGAAGAAAGAGCUUCUGAGCUGUCCGACCCCAGGCUGUGACGGCAGUGGCCAUGUGACGGGGAAUUAUGCAUCACAUCGGAGUGUGUCUGGAUGUCCCCUGGCUGACAAAACACUCAAAUCACUGAUGGCAGCCAACUCUCAGGAACUAAAGUGCCCAACACCUGGUUGUGAUGGAUCUGGACAUGUGACUGGGAACUAUGCUUCGCACAGAAGCUUGUCAGGAUGUCCACGUGCCAGAAAAGGAGGUUUGAAGCUCACACCAAACAAGGAUGACAAAGAUGAGCAAGAGCUUAAGUGUCCGGUAAUUGGAUGUGACGGACAGGGCCAUAUAUCGGGAAAAUACACAUCCCACCGCAGUGCAGGCAGUUGUCCACUUGCUGCCAAAAGACAGAAGGAGUCGUCCAUCAAUGGGAUGCCCUUUGCCUGGAAGGCCAAUAAACAGGAACUGCCCCAUUGUCCCUUGCCUGGCUGCAAUGGCCUUGGACAUGCCAAUAAUGUGUUUGCCACUCACAGAAGUUUGUCCGGUUGCCCGCUGAACGCACAAAAUAUCAAGAAAAAGUACUCCGAGGAAGAGAUGAUGACUAUCAAAUUUAAAGCCAGCAGUGGUGUUGAAAACAAAGAUGAUAUUCAACAUCUGGAUCAUGAAAUAAAAGAACUGAACGAAUCCAACAUGAAAAUAGAAGCAGACAUGAUGCAGCUCCAAACCCAGCAGAUCUCCUCUAUGGAAUGUAACCUGAAGACAAUUGAAGAGGAAAACAAGAUGAUCGAACAGCACAACGAUAGCCUACUGAAGGAGCUGGCUCGCCUAAGCCAAGCUCUCAUUAACAGUCUAACAGACAUUCAGCUGCCUCAAAUGGGGCCCAUCAGUGAGCAUAAUUUUGAAGCCUAUGUGAACACAUUAACUGAUAUGUACAACAACUCGGAGCAUGAAUACUCUCCAGAGUGCAAGGCCCUCUUGGAUAAUAUCAAACAGGCUAUUAAGGGCAUCCAUGUUUAAGCUGUGGAGCUACCAAGAGGUUUCUUUGACUUGGGAUAAUGACACUAGAUAGCUCUAUUUUACUGAAGAGUGCUGGCUUGGCUGCAUGUAUAAGACAAGGCUUUCGGAAAUGUGUUUGGCAUUUUCCGGUAAAUACACUGCACUGAGAAAAUUACCAGCCAGAUUUGUAAUGCUUCUACUGUUUCUGCAUUCACUCGAUAUGUUUAUCCUGGUGAGAUUUUUUUUUUUUAACCCCUCUUGCACUUAAUUAUUUUGUAUGGUUUGCUUGAUUUUAAUCUAUAUGUGUUCAUGUCACUCUUAUAUUAUUGCUAUUUAUUACUAUAUUUGUUCAUCAGUGUAUUUAUUUCCUCGAGUUUUAUUUAUUUCUAAAAACUGUAAAUGCGUAAUAUUUGAGAAAUCAGUUUGACUUUCUGCACAUUGUAAAUUACAUAGAAGCACAUUCCAAUUUCAUGGCAUACUUUCGCCACCUAGUGUUGAAAAACCUAUAUUAUUGUUAUUAUUAUUAUUAUUAUUAUUAUUAUUAGAACAUAAGUUGAAUCUCCCUUCAAAGUGAAAACCUACCAAAACUACUAAGCAUCAAUGUUUUUAAGCAUUGCUUUCUUUCCUUAUUGGAGACUGAAUGUAUGGUAAGACAAAGUGAACACCAAGAUUUAAAAGAAACAAAAAAGAAAUUGCAAUGCAAAUGUACUGUACCUUUUUCUACUCAACCAAUAACAGCUGAAUGCAAUGAGGAGGUGACACUGAGCAAAAAUGCAACAUCAUUCUGUGAACUGAAUGUCGGAUACUGCUUUGCAUAGUGUGACCACAAAAAGAGUGCAACAAAAAUCAAAACGAUCACUUUGUCAAGAUGUCUUUCUUUUUUUUAAAAAACAAAACAAAAAAAUAUAGAUAUUAAACUGCCUUCUGUGCACACUUUGGAGUGUGCAUAUAGUAUGUGCCUAAAUGUAUAUGAAUCCAUAAAAAUAUACAAGUACUAUGUUUUGUGGUAGGACAGUAUUAUGUGAAUGGUGUCUGAUUUAAUAUACAGUACAAUUAUUUUCAUAGGCGGAAACGUUCCUGAUGACUGUUUGAAAGCCGUUGUCUCAGUAGCUGUAAUCUCAGAGUCAGGUUUUGAAAUAUCAUGACUGAGAUUGAAAGUCUGGUGUUAAUUUGUUUUUCUUUUCUUUGAUAGCGCAGAGAGGGGGCAAAUAGGAAGGAGUGGAUAUCUCUUAUCUGCUUAAAGGCCUUAACAUUUCAGCCAGUCUUACAGUUUGAACAUCCUUGGGCAGAUUUGAAUAGUAGCUAUUUCAAAACCGAGCUGACGACCACUGCAACCUGCAUUUUAGUUUCAAUCAUUACAAGCAAAAAAUAAAUAAAAAUAAAAAAAUAUAGAAAAAUGAUAGUUGUUGGCUAAUCAGUUGUUUGUUUGCAUCAAUUGCACUUUUGUAUAUGAGUUAUUUUGUGUUUUUAGUUGCCCAUACUGACCUUUGAUAAAAGAAAAGGCUGGUUAAUCCCCAGAUAAAAAAAAAAGAGCUAUCCAUUUCAGCAAUACAUUUCUUUUAAUUUCUGCAAAAAGACAUCAACGACAUGUAGCCUAGGACAUUUUGAAGAUGAAAAUGUAACAGCAGAAGAGCCAAAUUACAGAAAAACAAGACCCCGUUUUAUCCAAAUACUCGACACAUUUUAAACAAUUUUAAUCUUUUAAAAACUGAAUCAGUCUUUAAAUCUAACAAUCUUUUUCUUUGUAAUUUCUUAUAUGUAAUUCCUAUACCACACAUUGUUUGCUCAGGAAGUUUUGUGAAUAAUAUUUAUUUUUUUCCCUGUUAGUAUUUGAUGUUUUGUAAUGUGAAAUGCUUUUUUGUGGAACGAUAUUAGUAUGAUAUGAAAUUGUACUGUAUUUUUCUUUUCUUUUACAUUAAAAUGUAAUGCUUUUUCAGUUAAGGUAGUUUGUAAAUUGAAACUUCCUAUUACUUUUAAUAUUUCAUAAUAAAGAUAUGCGCUGUGUUGUACAGUUUGUGUAUGGUAGAAAUAAACUUUUCAAAUGGU